AUUUAUUUCAUCCCGUUCUUCCAAUAAAGUUAAAUAAUAAAUUAAUGUUCCCUCUGUGUUAUUCCUGUGCUAAAAAUUUUACGCAGGAGGAUUGUUCCCACGAAAUAGGCGAUAGAGCCAUUGUGGGAACAUGGGUGGCCGACGAAAUUGUCAAAUCUAUAGAAAAGGGUUAUAGGAUUAUGGAGGUAUACGAAGUUUGGAGUUAUAAAACGGAGCAGUAUGAUGGCAAGUCAGGUGGUUUAUUUACUGAAAUGAUGAAUAAAUUUAUUAAAAUCAAACAAGAAGCGAGCGGGUGGCCAUCUAACUGCAAAACUGACAAAGAAAAACGAGCCUAUAUUGCACGAUUUUAUGAAAAAGAAGGUAUAUUAUUGGAGUUUGAUAAAAUUGAAUUGAACCCAGGUCUACGUUCGUUAGCAAAAUUAAUCUUAAAUUCAUUUUUCGGAAAAUUCGGUCAACGAGAGAACCAACCUAAAACCAAAAUUAUUAACCAACCGGUGGAAUUGUAUGCACUUCUGUUCGAUCCUACAAUUGAUGUUGUAGGCAUCUUACCAAUAAACGAAGACACUUUAGUGGUAAACUAUCAGCAUAAAGAGGAAUCAUACACCCUUUUAAGUACAGUUAAUGUAUCCAUUGCAGCAUACGUCACAGCACAAGCUCGUUUGAAGUUAUAUUCAUACAUGGAACGAUUGGGUGAUCGUGUUUUAUACUUUGAUACGGACAGUAUAAUUUAUAUAUCGCGAGAAGGAGAAUACGAGCCCCAAACGGGCGAAUUUAUUGGGGACAUGACAAACGAGCUUGAUUGCUAUGGCGCAGGUAGCUAUAUUACGGAAUUUGCCUCUGGAGGGCCAAAAAAUUAUGGUUUUGUUGUAUAUUCCCCAACACAGGAUAAGUACUUUCAAUCCUGCAAGGUUAAGGGUAUAUGCAUCAAUCACGAGACAUCAAAGCUUGUUAACUUCAACACCAUGAAAAAUUUGAUAAUCAAUGAAGAGAUUCCGAAAAAAAUAUUGUACACUACGUUUGAGAGGACCGCACAGCAUCAGGUGUUAACCAGCCAAAAAGAGAAAAUAUUUCGAGCAAAUUUAUUGAAGAGACGUUUCAGCGGUUACGAUUCAUACCCGUACGGAUACAAGAAGAUAAAGCAGUGCUGACAUAGUGUCUUUGUCGACAUCAUUAAUAUGGCGUGAUGAGUUUCGUACUAACCCCAACAGCCAUAAUUUGGAUUUGUUUAGUUGGUUGUCGAUUUAUUUGCCUAUUCGGGCAUACUGUGUAGUUUUUUUAGAAAAUUUAUUCAUCGUGCAUUUAACAGGUGUAUUAGAUUUCACUAUGCAGAGUUAUAAAAAAUAGCAUAUUUCUACGACCAUUUACAUAUAGUUUUCUUUAAAAUAGGCAGAUGAUAAGACAUUAAAAAACUAGUAAUUUUACAAUUGUAAUAUUUCAAUUUGUAUAUAUCUAUGUAUUAUAUAAUAUAUGAAUCUCAAUAAAUACUAUUAUCAAAAGCAAUGUAUCAUUUCUCAAACACAAUUCAUAUAUCAAAUGAAGUGGCACACAAUGGCCAUUACCAUUUGGAAAUUACUAUACAGGAUUUUGUCGGAUCGUCCAUUCCGAGACUGCUACGACGUUAGUUAGAUAGGUAGGUAUGUGUUUAAAUGCCGAAAUGAAGCCAAAUAAAGAAAUUAUUACAUCCAUAAGCCAAGGUACGCUAUGCAAUUCGUCAGACUGUUAAAUUUUGUCCGCUUUGCGAUAUAGCAGAGAGAGAUUAGGCAUAACAAAAUGAAAACGUUGCAGUAUCAGUGUUGGAAGCAAAUAUACAGACAGUUGUUUACGAGAAACGCAUCAAAUUGUGUUCCAGAAAAAACAGAUGCCUUUCAUCGCUACCUUCCAUGAGAUCUUUCCUCAAAGUGGUGAUCUAAAAUACUCGCAAUCAAUCACUUUCACGCGCGGUGGCAUAUUAGUCCAGACGACGUCACCUUCACUAAAACUCAGCGGCGCGAGUUACGAAUUCCUUACGAAUUUCUCCAUGAAUUACCAGUGUAGGUCAGCAUAACUGGCAUUACUUAUACACUUCUGCACAAUGAAACAUACGACUGAAUAAAAAACUGGUACCUACAUUGAUUUUUGACAAUCUUAUCAACUUGGUGAUAAUAAAAAAACAGUUUUGUCCGAGCAAUAGUUUUUAUCCAUUUACCAUAAAAAAUAUCAUUUUAGCGCUUUACUAAUCUUAUAAGAAAUAACACUGCUAAAACCUAUGAACGGCCGAAUACUAAAAAAGCAUGUUUGUGUAAAUACUGAGUUUUCUAUGACACUAAAGUUUCGCAAUUAUCGAAGGAGACUCAGAAGAUGAAAAAUCACAAGAGCUCAUUCGUUAAAAGUAGGUACAUGGCUCUCCUGGUGAUACAUGUAAACUGAUCUGUAUACAAAUGCUACGUAGAGGAGUUGAUGGAUCUCGAGCAUAAUUGCCUGUCAUAUGGUUUACGCAUGAGAGAAACUAUGGUUCCCCUACUAUGUUCACUUAAGAUCAUCCCUUAUGGGAUCAUUGACAGUAGAAUAGUUCUUUCAAACAUACCCGUUUUCGUAGAUUCCUGCUACGAUUAAUUGUUUCGAUUAUGUGCAACGUUAUAGGUAUGUCUCCACUUGAAAUAGUUUUUGAGCAAUAGUAUUUAAUGGAUCUUAAUAAUAAUUUUAAAUAACAAUUUGUUAUUGUCCUCAACAGAACAGUAAUCUCAUGUUAUUUCUUAUGGGGAA